UUGGGUUUCGUGUCAUUUGUCGCCACGUCGCCGUCGCCGCAGUCGACCACGGAUGUUCAAGAACUUCCUCAAGAAGACCAAGUCGGAGCUUCUGGGCCAGCCCCGCGCCGAGACCAGCGACUGCCCGCCCGAGGCCGUCAUCGAGGCCGCGAGCCACAUGCCGAUGCUCACCUACGACGUCGUCUACGCCUGCGAGGUCGACGUCAAGAUCACCGUCGCUCGCCGGCGGGAGCGCAAGGGCGAGUCGGUCUGGCUUGUCUCGCGCAGCGACGAGCCGGAAGUCGUCGUUGGUAGUCAAGUGUAUCUUGUGAACGGUCAGCGGAUUCCCGAAGGCGGCGAGCACGACACCGACCUCUUCAGCUGGGACGUGCACUCAGCGUGGCCGCGCCGCCUCACGCUCGUGCUACCGCCGACCAAGACGGGCACGCUCACAAAGAAGUCGCGGUCGGGCCGCGACAAGUGGGAUGAGCGCGUUUUCAAGGUUGCCCGUGGCGUCCUCAAGUACUACGAGGUGCUGAGCCCGACCGACAUGAAGGAGAAGGGCGAGAUGGAUUUGCACCGCGUCAAGCUUUCGUAUUUAUCGACAAAGGACCGUCCUUUCUGCAUCUGCCUCACCAAGAGCUCGUCCGACAUGCUUAUCAUCUCGUUCUUGAACGACGAAGACCGCCUCGAGUGGGCGGCUACGAUCUACACCGUGUCCGAGAUGGCCACCCGCGGAAUUUCCGCAGCCCACGCAACCCAACUCAGCUUGGCACUGCCAACUGCGAUUCCCCCGACCGACCCAGACAGCCUCGGCCCCGCCUUUCGAAAAGCGAUUUCCUUUUAACGCUUUUAACACAUUCGAAUCAACUACGACCCGG